AUGGGGACUCUCAUGUCCUCAGAGAAGAAACCGGACAAGGUGACGUCCCUGUCGGACAGCUACCUCGACGAGACCUCUUCAGGCUCCGCCUUGGGCUUGAGGAUCAUGAGCACCUCGGAGAUGGAGACGUCAACUACCUGCGAGGAGUAUAGGAGCACCUCUGCUACCGCUGUGACAUUCUCCGACUCCUCACUCCUGAAGACUCAAUCCUCAGACUCCAGAAACAACAGGGAGGACCUGCACCUGAGCCACAGCCCCAGAAAAGCCAAGGCUACCCAGGGCCAGGGGCAGAGGCCCAGCAAGACCAAGGCCACUCAGGGACAGAAGCAGAGCCCCAGCAGGAGCCCCAGCAGGAGCCCCAGCAAGACCAAGGCCACCCAGGGAAAGAGUCGGAGGCCCAGGAAGAUCAAGGCCACCCAGAGCCCAAGGCAGAGGCUCAGAAAGUCCAAGGGCUGGAGCUGCAGAUCCAGCAAAGCUGAUGCCACCCAGGGCUGGGGACUGAUCCGAAGUUCCAGCAAGACCAAGGCUUCCCUUGACCUAGAUUGGAGCCCCAGGAAGCCUGAGGCCACCCAGGGCCAGAGCCAGAGGCUCAGCAAGGCUGAGACUGCCCGGAGCUGGAGCCAGAGCACAAGCUCAAGUUCCAGCAAUGCUGAGUCCAUCUGGGGACCAAGCCCAGCUCCCAGCAAAGCCAAGACCACCCAGAGGCCGAGCCAGAGCCACAGCAAAACCGAGGCUGGUCAGGACACUGGCAGCUAUUAUGCUCCCUGA